AGCUCUCUAUCUGAGAUUGGCAGAUGGAAACAGAAACACGGAGAACUGUGAGCCUUGAGCAGAAAGUUAGAGCGCAGAAGAAAACGUUCGGAAGUGGGCGGAGCCUAAACCAGGGAUGUCCUACGGCAUGGAGGUCGCCAUCAUCGCAGCUGUGAUCACUGCUGUGGCCUUGGUCCUGGUCUGCCUUCUCUUUCUCAUGCUUCGUUACCUGUACAGACACAAGGGCACCUACCACACCAAUGAGGCCAAAGGCACAGAGUUUGCGGAGAGUGCCGAUGCAGCCCUGCAAAGUGACCCAGCCCUCCAGGACGCCGGGGACAACAGCAAGAAGGAAUACUUUAUCUGAGUGGUAGAAGACUUUAUGCUCCUGCAAAAUGCUUCUGGCUUCGGGAGAGAAAGUACCCACACUGUGUGCUGCCAUUAUCAGCACCAGGAAACCCUCAAGGGCACCCCAAGACUCUUAUUGCAGAACUCUGGGUGCCUGCCAGGAAACUGAUACAUAUGGGA